AUGGCGCGUUUACUUUUUGUCGCAUCGUUCGCCGUGCUACUGGUGGUUGCGUCCGCUGGACAAACCGUCAUGACCGGACCCAAGAACCCGACGGUCAACCUGGACCAAGCCAAGGGCGACAAUGGCGUGGCGAUGGUGGUCCCUUCUAGCAUCGAGAAGGCGGCGGCUGCGGGCAACCUGGAUGACUUCAAGGGCACGACGGUGGACCUGGACGCGCCCGGGCAAGGCGCGUGCACGCCCGCCAACUGCAGCAAGGGCGGCAUCCCCGCCAAGUGGAAGACGUCGAACCUGCUCAAGAACAAGCUGGGCGUGGAGGUGUACGUGAAGGGCAACCCGCUGACGUUGAAGAAGGCCUCCCCGCAGACGUGCUGCAACACGUGCGCGGGGUACAGCAGCUGCACGUACUGGCAGUACAUCCCCGACAUCACGAUCGACGGCAAGAAAUCGGACGGCGCGUGCUACCUGGUGCACGACAACAUCGACUACUCGUGCGGCGAGCUCACGGCGCAGUACGCGACGGACUCGAAGCCCCUCGCUCUCCAGGUGCGCACGGGCGGCGAGUGCAACCCUGCUGCGAACGUGGUGAACGACCCGCAUCUGGUGGGCGCGUACGGCACGCACUUCGACUUCAACGGGCGGCCCGACAAGGCGUUCUGCCUUCUGACGGACCGUGACCUGCACGUGAACAUGCUUCUGCGCGGGUACUACUCGGACGACACGGAGAAUGCGGCGCUGGUGGUGGACGGCAAGGCCGUGCACACGUGGAUCAAGGAGUUAGGUAUCGUGUGGUUCGCCAACGGCGCCGACCACAAGGUGCGGCUGGCGGCGCGCGGCGGCAAGCAGCAGGAGCGCGGCAACGGCUUCAUGAAGGCGAUCGAGAUCGACGGCGAGGAGAUCCCGAGGAUGAGCGUGGGCGACGAGGUGACGAUGGAGGGCGGGCUGACUCUGAGGUUCGCGGCUCUGGAGAAGGAGGGCCCAUAUGACGUGGACUACUACACGCUCAACAUCGACGGGCUCGUGGCGCUCGACCUGCGUCUGCGCGUCGCCAACCCCAAGCUGCAGACGCCCAACGACGCCGAGGCGCACAUUAACAUGGGCAUCGUGGAGCUGGAGCACACGGACGACGUGCACGACGUGCUCGGCCAGACGUACCGCCCCGACCACGCGGCGCGCGCCGCCGACUUCCAGCGUCUGAUCGCAAACCUGCACCGUCCGAUCUCGGCUGACAGCGAGGAGGGCGCUGGGUUCCUGGACGGUACUCCGCGGCUGUACGAGUCGAGCUCCGUGCUGUCCGUGGACUGCGCGCAAACCGAGUACCACCGCGCCAAGCAGCUCAGUCCCGUCGAGGAGUUCCCAAGGGAGCCCCUCAACUAA